AUGGCCACCGCCAGCCGGGCGUCGUCGCUGGAGCUGAACCCGUUGUCGGUGGGCGAUCUGCAUUACCACUACGGCGACAAUGCGAGCGAUGCCGGCAGCCGCAACGGCGACACAGACAAGGAUGCGAUCGCGCCGCUGCCCCAGUACAAGGCGGCAGGUGAGACCGUGGUGGGGUUCGACGGGCUUCUGAAGCCGGCGCCGGAUCUGCGGCUCCGUGAGGACCUGAGCGAAGGCUGCGGUGGGCAGUUGUGGCCGGCAGGCAUGGUCUUGGCGAAGCACAUGCUGCGAUACCAUCGUGACGAUAUGGCUCACGCGAGGAUACUUGAACUGGGUGCUGGUGGCGGUCUAGUCGGGUUGGCUGUGGCCUUGGCAAACCAAAAUGCGGCCGGCAGACCAGCCCCGGAGGCAGCGGACACCGACAACAUCCCCUCCAUGUACAUCACGGACCAGCUGCCCAUGUUCGCGCUCAUGGGCCACAACAUUGCCCUCAACGGCCUGCAGCGCGACGUCCAGCCGCUGGUCCUCAACUGGGGCGAGCCGCUCCCCGACGAGGUCCGCAAGCAGCGGCCCAACGUCAUCUUGGCGGCCGAUUGCGUCUACUUUGAGCCGGCGUUCCCGUUGCUGCUGGCCACGCUGGAAGAGCUGCUCGCGCUCGCCGAUGACGUGGUGAUUUACUUUUGCUUCAAGAAGCGGCGGCGGGCAGACAACCAGUUCAUCAAGAAGGCGCAGAAGAAGUUUUGCAUCACGGAGGUGGUGGACGAGGACCGGCCCGUGUUUAGCCGCGAGGGUUUGUUCUUGUACACGUUCACACGGAAGGAGGCAAAAACAACGGCAAAAUCAGCUGUGGCCAACGGGGUCAAGCCCAAGACGCAGGCAAAGUAG